UGACAGUCACCCCGGAGAGCAGAUCACACCAUGAGGACCCUGAGAGCAGAUAUGAUGAAGUCUUUCCUAUGGAGCCUCUUGUACUGCGGCUCACUGCUGCUGUCUGACGUGAGGGCCACGUACCACCUCAGUGCAGGAGACCCUCACCUGUUGGCCGCACAGAGCCACGCACAGAGCAGACUUAAUGGCAGACCACCAUUCAGGACCAUCAACCCAGCAAUUCACAGAAGUGACUACACGUAUAGAGGAGGGUAUCACUACCACUACCAGCCACCCAGGAUCCCUCCACCGGUAUUGUUCCAACCCCUUCCUCUAUCUCCUCCAGUGACUUACCACAGACCUUCAGUCCCCAUGCCCCGCUAUCACCACAGAUUUAAAGGGCCAGUGUUACCACACAUGCACCACAUAUACAAAGGUUUAUCUCCACCUGUAUCACGCCAUCCUCAUCAAAGGCUCAAAGGCCAUUUCCACUACAAAGUAAAAGGUCCAUGCCCAGAAAAGUCAGACCCAACAGUACCAACACCACCUGUGCUACUCCCCCCCACAAUCCCUCCAACUCUACCAGAGCCAACAGUGCUGCCAACUCAGCCAGAAACUACAGAGGCACCGCUGACAACCGUCAUGCCAGUGUUGGUGACCACUGUGGAGACCACCGCUCCUGUGACGCAACCGGUCAGUACCCAAAGCGGCUUCAUCACCACCGUCAGUCCUGUGGAGACAGAGACAGACUCUCAGUGCAGGAGCCGUCCCCUGGACCUGGUCUUCAUCAUCGACAGCUCUCGCAGUGUGCGUCCUGUUGAGUUUGAGAAGGUGAAGAUAUUCCUGGCCGACAUGGUUGAUACCUUGGACGUGGGCGGAGAGGCCACCAGAGUGGCUGUGGUCAACUAUGCCAGCACGGUGAAGAUCGAGUUCCUGCUCAAAGACUAUGGCAACAAACCCGACAUGAAGAAAGCCAUCUCCCGCAUUGAACCCCUGGCGGCUGGCACCAUGACCGGCCUCGCCAUCAAGACGGCCAUGAAUGAAGCCUUCACAGAGCAGUCCGGAGCCCGGCCGCGCUCCAGGAACAUCUCCAAGGUGGGAAUCAUCGUGACAGACGGGAGACCCCAGGACCAGGUGGAGGAAGUGUCCGCAGCAGCUCGGGCUUCAGGCAUCGAGAUCUACGCUGUGGGCGUUGACCGUGCCGACAUGCGCUCCCUGCAGCAGAUGGCGAGCAUCCCCCUGGAGGACCACGUCUUCUACGUGGAGACCUACGGCGUUAUUGAGAAACUCACCUCCAAGUUCAGGGAGACGCUGUGCGGUUUGGACCCCUGUGCCAUGGGAAAUGACUGCCAACACAUUUGUGUCAACAGCAAUGCCUCCUAUUACUGCCAGUGCCGGGAUGGUUUUAUCUUGAAUGCAGACAAGAAAACAUGUUCCCUGAAACCAUUUGUUGGACAAUUAUCAGAGGUGAAGGUGGAGGUGGUGGUGGAUCCCUGUAAAUGUGAAGCCAGGCUGGUUUUCCAGAAGAAGACGCAGGCUGCCAUCGAGCAGCUCACAGCCAAACUGGUCGCUGUGUCUGGGAGAAUAGAGCAUCUGGAGAACACGGUGGGCCGUGCUUAAAGCUGGACGUAAUGGGACAGCUAGAUGGUUUGCUUCCUGUUAUCCACUCUCCCAUCACGACCGGAUUGGACAUCAACCUCAGAUGGUGUCAUGCUCAAGCCUCAAGUUAUUGACUCUUGAGUAAAGAGUUAAAAUGUAUACAGUUCAUUAUGUUUUUUAUUAAUAUUAAAUGAAAUGUUUUGAAACUGCUGUAAAGGCAACCUACACUAUUUGAGUAACGUGAUGUAAAAUAAUGAACCCAAGAAUAAGAGCAUUAUUUCCAUUUCUUUUGUAAUGUUGCAUGUAUAUGUUUUGUACUAUUUGUUCUAUAUUGUAUAUAGUAGUUUUGUCAUAUAAGCUAUAUUCAGUAACAUAUUAUAAUUGAAGAAUGACUUCAUGCUCUGAGCAUUUAACCAAUUAUCAGUUAACUGUAUGUCAUAUGUUUGCAUAUUCUCUUUAUCAUAUAAUCUCUGUUGUAGUUUUAACUAUGAAGAUUUAUAUUGUUACAAGUUGUAUUGUGUGUUAUGGAUGAUGAAUGUUAAACUUAUAUGUCCAAACAUCCUUGUUAAGAAAAUGUGACCACAGGAAUCGGACAAUAAAACGAAAUAAUAAAUAAAAGAAAA